CCAAUAUAAAAAACACAUAAAAAUACAUAUUUAAAAAACGAAACAAACAAAAUCGUAGUUUUUCCUAAGCAGUUGGUGAGUUGUAAGUUGUAACAGUGGAAAAAACUUGGCUGGAUUGUGUAGCAUUACUUGGAUUAAAUGAGUAGAAUUAGAUAUAAAAAAAAGUUUUACUUUAGAAAGGGUAAUGUCGACAUUUAAACAGUAAAAGCAGCUGCAUUUUCAUCACAAGGGAUGUUCAGAAUUUCAGAUUCUUUCAUCGUCGUCGUCCCGGGUUCCGUCCGACCUUCUUCUAAUCAUCGUCAGUUUUCUGCUUGUGAAUUGCAAACCUCAAUGGCUGGCCAUAGAGUUGUGCAUGCUACCUUGACAGGGCCAAGUGUGGUGAAGGAGUUGGUUGUUGGAGCAGUGCUUGGCCUAGCUGCCGGUACCGUGUGGAAGAUGCAUCAUUGGAAUGAGCAGCGAAAAGUUAGAGCAUUUUAUAACUUGUUGGAAAGAGGUGAUAUCACUGUGGUUGCUGAAGAAUAACUAGCUAUUCUGUCUCAUAUCCGUGUGGAGAUUGUUGCUCGUGAAUGAAAUAUUUCACUUCCUCAUGUUUGAUGGUCUCAUAAGAGCUGCAGUUUUUCAAAAUUGUUUCCUCAGAGUGAUACUGAUUGUGUUGGGGCUUGGAUACAUUUCAAUUUACUAUACAUAGAUUGAUGAAAACCAGUUAAUUUUGUCAAAAUAUCACUCCGUUAUAGCUUUUGGGAAUUUUUCCCCAAGUAUAUAACUAAUCUAAGCAAGAAAGCUCUUGAAAUUCAAAACAAAUUCUAACUUAGCAUUUCAUAGC